AUGGAGGAAUCGGGUAAAAGAUUUGACAAGAAUGAAGCUCAACUUCAGAAAUAUGAAAUCUUGUUGCAAAAUCAAUCCGCUUCCAUAAGGAACCUUGAAACUCAAAUGGGACAAAUUCAUAGUAUCUUAGCGAGAAGAGUUCAAGGAAUGUUUUCGAGUGAUAUCAAGAAGAAUCCAAAGGAGCAACUCAAUGCCAUCAUGUUGAGAAGUGGUAAGGAGUUGAAAGAAUCAAGAAAAGCUGAAGACAUGAAAUUGGACAGAACCAAUAAUGCCUCAGCACAAUGCCUAGGCACAAAACCAGAACUUGAGAACAAAGCCCAAGAUGUGAAGAAAGAUGAAGCCUCUCUUCCGUAUCCUCAUAGACUACAGAAACAAAGAUUAGACAAGCAAUUUGGUAAGUUCAUGGAUAUGUUUAGAAGCUUACACAUAAAUAUUCCUUCUUGUAGAUAUGUUAGAGCAAAUCGCCGAGUAUGCAAGUUCUUAAAGGAGAUCCUUACACAUAAAGGAGAACAUGAGAGGAUCAUGCUCACUGAGGAAUGUAGUGCGUUGCUUCAAAGAAACUACCACUGA